UUAUGUCACCACGGCGUUUCGGCAUAGUGAUGAUGGUGUUCCUGGCGUCGUCACCGACCCAGUAGAAGGAGAAUUAACAUCCUUCACCUCCCGUGUCCCGCAUGGAGCUGCGCGUCGAACCGGUCGUAACACCUCUCGAGAUGUCGGAAAGCAGCCAGAGUCACGACGGCGAGUCGCUGGAGACGGAUGCCUACGAGAGCUUGCCGCCCACGGCUUCCCUGAGUACGCAGAUGACAGCGGGAGCGGUGGCUGGGAUAUUGGAGCACACCGUGAUGUACCCUGUGGACUCUGUCAAGACGCGCAUGCAAAGCCUCCAGCCGGACCCCAAGGCCCAAUACCGGAGCGUCUACGAGGCCCUGCAUCGCAUCAUCCGCACCGAGGGUCUGCUGAGGCCCUUCAGGGGCCUCAACAUCACCAUGCUGGGUGCCGGCCCAGCCCACGCCCUCUAUUUUGCCUGUUACGAGAGGGUCAAGCACAUCCUCAGCGACGUCAUCCAGAAUGGGGGCAACAGUCACCUGGCCAAUGGGGUCGCUGGCAGUGUGGCCACUGUUCUACAUGACGCCGUCAUGAACCCGGCAGAAGUGGUGAAGCAGCGCAUGCAAAUGUACAACUCGCCGUACCGGGGCCUGUUGGACUGCGUGCGCUCGGUGAAGCGUGCUGAGGGCAUGGCCGCCUUCUACCGCAGCUACAGCACGCAGCUGGCCAUGAAUGUGCCCUUCCAGGCCGUGCACUUCGUCACCUACGAGUUCAUGCAGGAGCGGCUGAAUCCGCAGCGGUGCUACCAGCCGGCCAGCCACAUCGUGUCAGGGGCAGCGGCGGGCGCUGUGUCGGCUGCGGUUACCACGCCACUGGAUGUCUGCAAGACGCUGCUGAACACGCAGGAGGACACUGUGCUGAGCUCCAUGAGCAUGCGCGGGCACCUGUCGGGCAUGGCCAAUGCCUUCAGGACCGUGUACCGCCUCGGUGGCCUGCCCGCCUUCUUCAAGGGUGUGCAGGCCCGUGUCAUCUAUCAGAUGCCCUCCACGGCCAUCGCCUGGUCCGUCUACGAGUUCUUCAAGUACUUUCUGACCCAGCGGUAGCCGGGCCAAGCUCUUGGGGCAGGGAGGGUGUUGCUCCAGCCCAGAAAUGUGGCUGGCCCAUUCAGAGAACACCUCGCUGUCACCGAAUGCGCUCUGCUUAACUGGCAAAAGAUCCAGAAAGAAACACCGAGCUGAAGAGUUGUGUGUGUCUGAGGGCUGCCGGCCCCUCCCCCUGAACACAGACUUCCCUGGGGGAGGCUUCAUGAAAGUGUUUCAGCAAGAGCCCACAGGAUUAUUUUACUUUCCACGAGUUGCAGUCCAAAACCUCUGCAAGGUCUGUCAACCCUGGGCUUUUUAUUUUUUUUAGAAAUAUUUUAAUUGUGCAUUCAUAAAUGACUUUGGCACAUUCCCUAGUCUUGAAGAACAGUCAACGGGGGUCGGCCAUGUUUUCACAAGUGCCUCUGUCCUGCAGUCUGCAGCCUCUCUGUCACUUUGUCCGCGACCCUUUUCAGGAGUGGCUUCAUGGACAUCUGUGAAAGGGGGGUGGAGCCGGUGCACUUUGGAGGCUGUGGUUUGUACAGUCCCCCACCCCACUGGAUUUUCCGCGCUCCAUACAUUCUGCUAUGUGUGGUGGGGGAAUUCUCUAUUUUUGUUAAACUGAAUUCAGCUAUAACCUACCUGGUUGUGUUCAGUCAAUGCAAAGAUGUUUCCUUUUGAACUGUGUUUUGUGUGUGAGGGAGGCAGUUGCUGUGAUGUUCACUUUUAUUAUUGUUCAGCUAAGAGUUAAGAUAUUUCAAGACAAUGAUGCUACAGGGUAGAUUUAAGAGGCGGACUGUUUUUAAAUUCUGCGUGAGCUGUGUUAGGACACAGACCAGAACUCCGGAGUCCAUCAUAUGCUCAAGGGGUAAUUAUUAUGGGCUCCAGACUCUGCUGUUACCUAACUGCAGCCCAUGUAUUUCCCAGAUUAAAGGGGGGAGGUCCUGUUUAACUUGGUAUUUAUUUAUUUUUUUUUCCUUGUUGUGCUCAACACUGUGAGGAACCUGGGGAUGAAUGUGCAGAAGAGUGUCGCUUUUUUUAAAAUAUAAAGCGAACUGAUACUAUAAGAUUUUGGAAGCUUUACACCAACUGACCCCCUGUUUUGCUAAGUCCCAAAAUCACGCACAAUUCUGGGAAGUUGGGGUCAGUCCAAGUGUGUCUGUUUAAUUGAUAAUAGAACGCUGAUGCUUUACACUCACGCCAACAUUUUGGGGGUCCAGGGCAUGGCUCCGCUUAAUCCACGCGGAGGGUCUUUGAUCUUCCCAAGUGUGUAUCUUUGGAUCCAAGUGACUGGAUUCUAUGUUUACUAGAGUGGUGAAUAACAUGGUGUUAAAUUUUGCAGGUUGUAGAAUAUUAAGAGUGCUCCUUUUUCAGUAAUUUUAUAUGUGGGGAAAGUAGCCUGACUAAUCCUGUCUGCCUGGGAACCUUGGGAGAGGCCUCUGAGGGAACCAACUUCAUUGAGAGGUGAAGAGCUGCCCUGCAUGGAGUCCCAGCGCCCAUCUCAGAAGCUGGAGGUCCCUCAUUCUUCUACAUAUGGGAUUCCACAGUAAUCAGUUUGCCUUAUAAAUUGUGUUUUCCUAUAUGCUUACCCAAGCAUUGCAGUUAUUUUGGUAAGAUUCCUAGUGACUUUACCUGAAGUUUUUUUUUUUUUUGUCUCUUUUUCCCUCACUCCUCUGAUAUUCCAAAGAAAUGUUUUGUGAUUUUAAAAAAAUAAAUAAAACGUACAAAUGCAAUAGCUUUACUGAAAAUGACCAGGAUACUCGUGAACUGUUUGUCUCGAGACCAAAGCCUUAUGCAUUACACUAUGCGGCCGCUCACUGGCUCGCGGUCACAGGCGUCUGCCUGCUUGGGAAAAGUGUCAGCAGCAUUGAGUGCUGGCUCAUUUUACCGUGCGGGUCGCGGUUUCCGUCCGACAACAUGGUGACGGCAGCCUCUAACCGAACAUUUUACCCCAACUCCAGCUUUUGUGCUUUAAUUAAAUUAACAGUAGCUUUCUUUCCUGUCACAUGGCCAGCAGAAUCGGAGGGAUAGAGAAGUUGGUUGUAACUUUGAACUGAGUCCAGGCCUAGUGAUCAAUGGAUGCCUAUGUAUUAAGGAGUAGCUGGUCGUAGUUGCCCUCUGCGCAAGCGGACAACACCAGUUAGCCUGAUGUUAAGCCCGUUGCCUGCCUCAGGCAGAUUAUCAUUCCAUGGUGUUCGGUGUCUCUUCUUGCGCUUGAAUCGGCAUGCGUGCUGCGUCUUAGAGCUAUCACUCCCAACAAUUACCGCAGACAUCACUGAUUCGUUUGCAGACGCUCAUGGAGAACAGAAACGUUAUACCUGUGUUAUGCAAAAAUAAUUAAAAUGUAUCUAUAUAUAAGGUGAUGCUUUUUUUUUUUUUUUGUCGACACAUUGUAAUACAUGUGAUACUGAGUGUAGAGCCCUAACACACUGAAUAUUUUCAGUUGUAAAUGUAUGUCAGACAGUACUUGUUUUGCAAGAUAUUAAGUUGGACAGUUUUCAGAUAUGGUUCAACUUAUUUAGAAUUUGUAUAAAUAAUUGAAUGUUUAAAAGCAGUGGCCAUGGGCUCAAUGAGAACUGACUUUGUACUAUUUAUGAAAAUAGUAUUUUCAUCUGUUUUUAUUUGCUUCGUGCCUGUGCGCUUUUGAGGCCCGAUUAUACUGUCGGCAAGUUAGUUAUGGCCGCAUGAGGAACGGAGGCAAGUCCCAUCCUUUGUUACUCUAAUUUGUUUCAUUGUAGUACGUUUAAAACACUACUUGAACAAUUUAUAGAUUUUAAACAGAAUUUAAUUCACUAAUUGUACUUGCCUAUAUAUAUAAAAUGUAUUUUGCUGCUCUUUUGCGCACAAUAUAAGAGGAAAAAGUUAAGGUCUUAUUUUUUAUCUAUACAGUGCCAUCUAGAGUACAAGCAUGUUUCUCAAAUAUAAAGAUGGAAACAUCUAUUUGUGGUAAUGCUGCCACGGUUUGUAACACUGGAGUUUAAUAAAAUGCAAAUAAUCAAA